AUGUCUAAUGAUCCAUUCAAUGAUUUAUCAGAAGAAGAAGAGGAUGACUUAUUUGGUGACAACCACAACUUUCACAACAAUACAGCUACAGCAAAUCCAUUCCUAAGUACAAAUAAUUUAACCUAUAACCCUCCAUCCUUUGGCUCUACUAAUCCUCCAUUCAACAAUUUAAAUCACAAAUACUCACUAACUACAACAUCAUCAUCAAAUUCAUCAAAUUCAAAAAAAUCAUCAUCUUUAAAUACAUUAACAAAAAAUAUAUAUCAAGAAUCAGAUUCAGAUGAUGAAUUUUAUAAAGAUUAUGAUAAUCAAUAUAAUUUUCCAAAACGUACAAAAACUGUCACAUUUGGUGAAAAUGACAGCAGCCAUGAAUAUAAUGAAAAAUUAAGUUAUCCUCCUAUAAUUUAUAAUUCAAAUUUGAAAAAUAAUAAUGAUUUUUAUGAAUUUGAUUAUGAAAAUUCAAAUUCUUCAUCAAUUACUGAUAAAUUAUAUAAUCAUAGCAAUACUGGUAAUAAUAAAUUUUUUACGGGAGAUGAUUAUAUGAUAAAUCCAUUAGAAGAUGCUAAUUAUGAAGGAGAUGAUGAUGAUUUUCUUGAUGAAAAUAACGAUAAUGAUGAAGAUGAUUUAUUUUCAUUAGGUGAAAUUGAUCCAAAUGAAGAUCCAGAUUUAUUUAGAAAAGCGACAAUAUUAUCAAAAAAGAAAUCAAUUAAAUUUAAUAAUGGUAGUUUAAGAAGAAGUGGUGGUACUAUCAAGAAAACAAAAAGUAGAGGUUCAACAAUAACAUUUGAUGAUGAUUUAAUUAAUUUAAAAAAUUUAAAAUAUACCAAAACCAUAAAAAAGGCAAAAUUAAUUAAUGGAAACUAUAUAAUUGAUGCACCAAUCCCCAAAGCUUUAUUAGAUACAUUUGGUAAGAACAUUAAUGAUUUAGAUACAAGUAGAGAAAUGAAAUUUAUGAGAUAUACUGCAGCAACAUGUGGUCCAUCAAAUUAUAUAAAAUUUAAUUAUAAUUUACGUCAAGAAUUAUAUAAACCCACCCGUCAAACAGAAAUAAUGGUUUGUAUAACAAUGUAUAAUGAAGAUGAAAUAUUAUUAGCUAAAACUCUUAAGGGAGUUUUUGAAAAUAUAAAAGAUUUACAAAAUAGAUCAAAUUUAAAAUGGGGUGAAAAUUCUUGGAAAAAAAUUGUUGUUUGUAUUAUAAGUGAUGGUAGAUUACAAUUAAAUAAAAGAACUGAAAUUUUAUUAUCAACUUUUGGAAUAUUUCAAGAUGGUUAUGCAAAAUCUAAAAUUAAUGAUAAAUCAGUAAAAGCUCAUAUUUAUGAAUAUACUUCAACUGUUGGAAUAGAUACUAUAAAUGAUCAUGUACAUUUAUCAACAAAUUCAAUGCCUGUUCAAUUUAUUUUCUGUUUGAAGGAAACAAAUUCUAAAAAGAUUAAUAGUCAUCGUUGGUGUUUUCAAGCAUUUGCACCAAUUUUAAAUCCUAAAAUCAUAAUGUUAUUAGAUGUUGGUACAAAACCUGCUAAGGAUGCUUUUUAUCAUUUAUGGAAAAAUUUUCAAGAUCCAACUGUUGCAGGAGCAUGUGGAGAAAUGAAAGUAAGUUUAGGAGAAAAUAAAAAAUUAUUAAUGAAUCCUCUUGUUGCAGCACAAAAUUUUGAAUAUAAAAUUUCAAAUAUAUUAGAUAAACCAAUGGAAUCAGUAUUUGGAUUUAUUAGUGUAUUACCUGGUGCUUUUAGUGCUUAUAGAUAUGAAGCAUUAUUAAAUGUUAAUGGGAAAGGUCCAUUGGAAAAAUAUUUUAAAGGAGAAUAUUUACAUAGUAUAACAUCAAAUGAAGAUGAAGAUUCAGAUUCAGAUGAUGAAAAAGAAAUUAAAGAAAGAAAUUUUAAAGAUUCUGGUAUUUUUACAUCAAAUAUGUAUUUAGCAGAAGAUAGAAUAUUAUGUUUUGAAUUAAUUGCUAAAAAAAAUAAUAAUUAUAAAUUAAGAUAUGUUAAAGAAGCAAAAGCAGAAACUGAUGUACCAGAAUCAAUAGAUGAAUUUAUAUUACAAAGAAGAAGAUGGUUGAAUGGAUCCCUUUUUGCAGCAACUUAUGCUAUUGUACAUUGGACCAAAAUAUGGAAAUCAAAUCAUUCUUUGGGUAGAAAAUUAUUUUUACAAUUUGAAUUUUAUUAUCAAUUAAUUACAAUAUUAGUAUCAUGGUUUUCAUUAAGUUCAUUUUUUUUAGUAUUUAGAAUUUUAACUGCUAAUUUAGGAGCAGUUGAUAUGAAUUUUGCAAUUGGUAAAAUAUUAGCUAUUAUAUUUUUAUGGUUUUAUAUUGGUUGUAUUGUAUGUACUUUUGUUUUAUCAUUUGGAAACACUCCAAGAGGUACAAAAAAAUUUUAUUUAAUUAUAAGUUAUAUAUUUGCAAUUAUGAUGAUUUAUAUGUUAUUUUCAGCAAUAUUUUUAGCAAUUCAUACAAUAAAUUCAAUAUUAGAUGCCCACAAAAGUGAUUUUAAAAUUAUAAUGAUUUUUCAAAAUUCAAAAUUUAGAGAUUUAGUAAUAUCAAUGUUAUCAACUUAUUUAUUAUAUUUUAUUGGUUCAUUAUUAUAUGGAGAACCAAGUUUUAUGUUUACUUCAUUUAUUCAAUAUAUUUUAUUAUCUCCAACAUAUAUUAAUGUUUUAAAUAUUUAUUCAAUAUGUAAUAUUCAUGAUGUUUCUUGGGGUACAAAAGGGAAUGAAAAUGCCAAAAAUUUAGGUAAUAUAAAAACUAUAGGUAAUAAUAAAGAUAAAAUAUUAAUGAUUGCACCAGAAAUUAAUGAAAUUACAAAUGAAAAUUAUUUAAACAAGAUUAACUACCUAAAGACAACUUUAGCAUCACAAGAGAAAAAACCUAUUAUAAAUCAUAAAUUAAAAGAUGAUUCAUAUUAUGCAUUUAUUAGAACAAUAACAGUAUUAAUAUGGAUGUUAACAAAUUCCAUAUUAAUUUUAAUAGUAUUAGAAAAUGGUGGUAUAAAUAUUUUAACAAAUCAUAUAACUAUAAAUAAAGAUGGUUCAAUAAUUGCAAAUUCUGAAAUUUUUUUAACUAUUAUAUUAUGGAUUGUUGCUGGGUUAGCAAUUUUUAGAUUUUUUGGUUGUUUAAUUUAUUUGAUUGGUAAUGGAUUUAGACCAUUAAAAUGGAAAAUUAAAAAUAGGAAAAAUAAGAAGAAGCAGUUGCAAAAAAAUUUAAAUAAAGAAGUUGAAGUAUGA